GACUGCAGUGCAGUGGCUCGUUAGUUGACUGCACAAGAGGUUGCGCCUCUAUUUUAGACGAAUGUGUCUACCUAGUUUCUUUUUGUUAGUGUGUGGAAAUUCGCUGAUAAUUCGUUGAAAAUGACUUUCGAGGUUUUAUCCUAUGAGGGUUUGGUGCAUGCUGUGUCCGGAGCGAUGCAACUCGUUUCAGGGAAGUGUGACAGCCAUGACAGUAUUCUUCCCUCUGGAUACUGCCAGACUCAGGCUUCAAGUGGACGAGAAGAGGAGAGCCUUGUCAACUCCAGCCAUUCUAGCAGAAAUAAUCAAGGAGGAAGGACUACUAGCGCCGUACAGAGGUUGGUUCCCAGUCAUCUGCAGCCUGUGCUGCUCCAACUUUGUCUACUUCUACUGCUUCCACAGCCUCAAGGCAAGCUGGCUGAAGGCCCAUCAGUCAGCACCUCGCACGGACUUGCUGCUCGGCAUUGCUGCAGGUGUUGUAAAUGUAGUACUAACCACUCCAUUGUGGGUCGUCAACACCCGACUGAAGCUUCAGGGCUCCAAGUUUCACAACACAGACAUUCAACCCACCAACUACCGAGGCAUUUUGGAUGCAUUCGCGCAGAUCCUCCACGACGAGGGUGUCGGGGCGCUGUGGAACGGCACCUUUCCUUCCCUGCUGCUGGUCCUCAACCCUGCCAUCCAGUUCAUGAUUUAUGAAGGUCUGAAGAGGCAACUGAGGAAAGGAGUUCCCAGGGAGCUUGCAUCUUUUGAAGUUUUCAUGAUUGGCGCAGUGGCCAAAGCUGUUGCCACCACUUUGACUUACCCGCUGCAGACCAUACAGUCAAUUCUCAGGUUCGGUCAGUUCAACAAAUCAACAAACAAGUCAACGCUGAUGUCCAGCCUGAUGACCGUCAAGUGUCUGCUAGUCAACAGAGUGAGGAAAUUUGGUCUGUUGGGUCUCUUUAAAGGCCUGGAGGCCAAGCUGCUGCAGACGGUGCUGACUGCGGCCCUCAUGUUCCUUCUCUAUGAGAAGAUCGCCAGCUGCACUUUCCGCGUCAUGGGACUGAGCAGCCAUCGCAAACGCUAAGAAGAUCCAACUGCAACCAUGGAGCCUCACUCACGCAUAACUGUACUUAGGCACUCGAUGUACGAUUGUAACCAACCUCUCCUAGAUCACGAGAUGGGAAUUUACAUUUACCAAAAAUCCCAUGCCUUGAUUUUGAAAAUCAGAUCUCUAAAGGUACCCUCGCAAUGACUCGUACCCUUCCUCUGUGGUAGAGGUCAUUACGGCGACCCAUAAUGCUUGCGCAGCAGAUGUUGCUUGUGUAUGAAGGAAUGAAUGAUCGAAACUGUACUGUGAAAUGAAAUUGGAGAGCCUCUCCUGCGUCUGUGCAUACAUAAAAGCAAAAUAAAUCCAAAAAAGAAAGA